AUGUAAAUCUCCAAUCGCUCAAUAGAAGAUUACAAAAACCAUAACUACACUAACAAAUUACUAUUAAAAGCUUCAAAUAUUCAUAUGAAACCAAAUGAAACAAUAUCACCGAUAAGAAAAAAAAGUAUGAUGGAUUCCAAUAUACCAUCCAUUUAUAACGAAACUGAUAGAAUGACUGAUAGAAUUAGGCUAUAAAUGAGGGAAAAGAAUAAAUCUUGUUGUAAUAUGCCUGAUGAAGACAUUUCAGAUUCACCUUUUUAGAAAUACUCCUAAUUUGUAAUAAUGAACCAGAAUGUUAAAUAACUUAUGAUUGGUAUUGAAAAGAAGCUAAAGAACUUCAAGUUUGCAAAAGAGAACGAUCACAAUUCAUGUGCGUCGAUCAUUGCCAAAAUGAAGUGUUUUUGCUUGGACAACUGUUGUUUCGAUUUUUAUCGUUGUACAGACCUUAUCCUCUUAAAAUAUCUGAUUUACUUACUAAUUCAAGAAUUAAACUCUAAUAAGAUAAGCGAUAGCACAAGUUGUUUGUCGGAUUAGCCACCUCCUUAAAUCAAGAAUUUAAUCAAAGAUGCAAUCGCCAUAAUGCAUGAGACAGUUGAGGAGUUAAAGAAUAAGUAAUUGAUUGACAAAAAUAACAAUAAGUCUAUUGAUUAAUUGAAUAAAUAGAUUAAAAAGAUGUAGUAAGUGAUGGGAGGGUCAAAUUAAAGUUACGACGUAUUUACGACUCCACAAUCGAAUAUUAAAAAGAUUGACCUCCUAUUAAAACAACAGAGUGCAACUCAGAAGAGAGAAAUCAACUAAACUUCGCCAUCAUUAAAUUCUGAAAAGAUUAUUUAAUUUCAGAUUGAUGAAUUGUCGAUGAAAAAUGAUCAGAUUUAAAAACUUAAUGGUAAAAUCAAGGAUCAGGAACAACAAAUAAAGAUUCUCACUCAAUAAAUAGCUGAGGUCAAUUUGAGUUUACAAAUAUCCUAAAAGUCCCUCUAGAAUAAAGAAUCAGAGGUAUCCAUUUUUAUCUAAAAAUACUAGAUGAAAGAUCUGAUAAAGAAAACAGACAAAUUAUUGGAAACGACCAGUCAAGCUCUAAAGGAUAAGGAGGCAUACCAGAAUACUUAUAAAUCAAUCAAGUAGGAUCAUGAUCAGUUAAAAACUUUGUUCGAUGAUUUGUAUUACAUAUUCUUAUUCUUAAUUUUAGAUAGAAAAGUAACCAAAGUAUAAUACAGGAGUAUCAUGUAUUGAGAUAAUCACAAAAUGACUCGUAAGAUUCUGACAUGCAGAGAUAUAAAUAAGAUGACGAAAGGUUUAAAUAGGAUCGCGAAUUGUUGGAUAAGAACAAUGUAAUUGUAUGAAAUAUCUAUCUAUACUUAUAAUAGAAAUAAUUAAAAGCAGAUGGAUUAUCGUUGGGCUAAUAAUUGAAAGAUAUUUCCAAUAAAAUAAUGUAGAUUUCACCGGAUAUACUACCGAAAUCUCUAUAAUAAUUGUAAAGGGAUUUGUAUUUGCAAGAAAGUAAGAUUAAUGAAAAACUCAAUAAUAUUCAAUAUGUGUAACUAGAACAAAAUAAUAAGCCAAACUCACUGUAAAAGUUGUAGUAGAAAUAAAUUGUGAAUUAGAAUCAGAAUUAAUUUUUGAAUCAAUACUAAAAUUAGAAUCAGCAGUUUGAACACCAACUAAAAUCUAUCAAAAGUCAUUCCGACAUUAUGACAAUGAUCUUAAUUUAAUGUGAAGUGAUUGAGAAGUUUAUUAAUUGA